AAAUCGAGUCCGAGGUUGUAUAAUAAUUCCGAUGGUAAUUGAUCUCUUAGUCCAGCAGCUACUACAAUUCGUCCCUGGAAUAUUUAUAACAAACCUAGGAAGUUAUUAAAAUCACCAGUUUACUUAAUUAACCAUUCAAACAAGAAUGCACCUGACUUCUGAUUACUCCCAUUAUUCUGUCCCAGUUAACUCGACCAAUUCGACACCUUAUCAUAAUCACCAGUCACUAACCGCUCGAUGAACCCAAACAAUUAUUAUAAAUUCCCCAUGAGGUUUCCAUGAACGCGACGCAAACCAUUUUCUUUUUCGUCCGAAACGUCGUCAUCGCAGGGUUUUCCCCUACCUCGACCGGUGGAGAUGCCAGGAAGCGGCCAUAAUUAAUAAACAAAAGGAAAAGUCGAUCCGCAAAAACCCACAGUUCCUCUAAUCCGAGAGCACAUCAUGGCCAAUAAUCGCAAUCAUUUUCGCCGCAAGGGAAAGUCUGCAGCAAGGACUCCACGUGACCCCAGUACUUAAAACCACCUCGAAAGCACAUUCGAGCCACUUGUGAAUCAGUCGUGCAAACACGAGGAUCACCAAACUACCAAAAUGCCGGCUACAGGAGAAGAUCUCCACGAUGCCAUCAUCGAGGAGCCCGCCACCUACAGCGACGCCAUCUUGUCUUCGGACGAAGAGAUCUACACCAAACCCCACCAACCCUCCGCACCCAUCCACUCCCCGCCCCAGAAGCCGGCAUUCUUCGAGAGCCUCCCUGUCCGCGAGCACCACGAGGACUUCAUCCGCCAGUGCGUGGACGUCCUCGUCAAGGAGGCCGUCUUCGAGGGCACCAAUCGCAACAACCGCGUCCUGAACUGGAAGGACCCCGAAGAACUGAAGAGGCUGAUGGACUUCGGGCUCAGACGGGCGCCGGAAAGCCACGAGCAGCUGCUGAAGAUCCUGAAGGACGUCGUGGGGUACUCGGUCAAAACCGGACACCCGUAUUUCGUCAACCAGUUGUUCUCGGCGGUGGACCCAUAUGGGCUGGUGGCCCAAUGGGCCACGGACGCCCUCAACCCCAGCGUGUACACCUACGAGGUCUCGCCGGUCUUCGUCUUGAUGGAGGAGGUGGUGCUGAAGGAGAUGAGGCAGAUCGUGGGCUUCGAGGGAGGAAAGGGAGACGGGAUUUUCUGUCCGGGGGGGUCCUUGGCCAAUGGGUAUGCCAUCAGCUGCGCGAGGUACAGGUUCCUGCCGGAUGUUAAGGCCAAAGGUCUCCACGCUCUCCCCAGGCUCGUCCUCUUCACCUCCGAGGACGCGCACUACUCCAUCAAGAAGCUGUCCUCGUUCCUGGGGAUCGGCACCGACAACGUCUACCUGAUCCGGACCGAUUCUCGUGGCCGAAUGGACGUUUCGCACCUGGUGCAAGAAAUAGAAAGGUCGCUCGGUGAAGGUGCUGCGCCUUUCAUGGUCAGUGCCACCGCGGGUACCACUGUCAUCGGUGCCUUCGACCCCAUCACCGAAAUCGCCGACGUUUGCGAAAAGUACAAAUUGUGGCUGCACGUGGAUGCGGCGUGGGGCGGCGGCGCGCUGGUGUCCAGCAAACACAGGAGCUUGCUCAAGGGAAUUGAAAGGGCCGACUCCGUCACCUGGAACCCCCACAAACUCCUCACAGCCCCCCAACAAUGCUCCACCCUUCUCUUACGCCACGAGGGCAUUCUCGCCGAGGCCCACUCCACCAACGCCGCCUACCUCUUCCAAAAGGACAAAUUCUACGACACGAAAUACGACACCGGCGACAAGCACAUCCAGUGCGGCCGCCGGGCCGACGUCCUCAAGUUCUGGUACAUGUGGAAGGCCAAAGGAACGUCCGGCCUCGAGAAACACAUCAACAAGGUGUUCGAAAAUUCCAAGUACUUCACGGACUCGAUCAGGCACAGGGAGGGUUUCGAGAUGGUGAUAGAGGAGCCGGAGUGCACGAACGUGUGCUUCUGGUACGUCCCGCCGAGUCUGAGAGGGCAGAAGGAGAGCCGGGAUUACAAGGAGCGGCUGCACAGGGUGGCUCCUAAAAUCAAGGAGAGGAUGAUGAAGGAGGGGUGCAUGAUGGUGACGUACCAAGCGCAGAAGGAACUCCCGAACUUCUUCAGGAUCGUGUUCCAGAGCUCGGGACUGGAGAAGGCUGAUAUGGUGCACUUCGUCGAGGAGAUAGAGCGACUGGGGGCGGAUCUUUGAUAGUUUUAAGGUUGCGCAACCCUUGUAUAGUAUUAAUGUAAAGAUGUAUUUAUUUGUAGUGUAGGGGUUAAUAAAUAGUUUAACAGUGAUAGCAAAUGCCUACCACGAUUUUA